AUGCGCGCCUGUCGGGUGUGUCAGCGUGCACUGUGCAGCAAGGCGCUUGUGGCACCUGUGGCCGCGGAUGUCAUUGAGCGGGCGGGCACAAACCUUCCCGGAAUUCCCCACACGUACCGCGUAUGUCGCGCGUACCGUCAGUGGCUCAAACUUGCCGUUUUAUGCCCGCCCUCCGCGCUGUGCGAGUUGAACGAACAUGCACAAAUGAACGAACGUUUUGUCAUCAUCAUUCGGCAGAAGUUUCGCGAGGGUGCAGAGCUGCGCGAUCCGGAGCAAAUUGCCGUUGCCGUGCAGACUAGUGAGCGUAGUUUGGCGAUGUUCCGCUUUUUGGCUGCUGAUGGAGCGAAGCGGCGAUUUCCGGAGGCACGGCCGCGGUUGAACCUCCACAAGAUGGGCUUUCUUGAGAUGGCGAAGAUCAACUACACCCAGAUGGCAAAGGAGUACUGGAACACAUAUGUGAUGCGGCGCUGGUGA